CAAAGCUUUCGAGGAGCAACUGAAGGCAGCGCGACUCCACUACCACAUCCGGGACAUGCAGCAGUUUCACAUGUCAGAUGGUUCAGCUAUCAAGACUUUCAUGCAUGUGAAGAAGCUCCGGCAUCUAUUCUGGUUUUAACCACGUCUUUCUUUCGACAAAAGAGAUGGCGCUGAUGGGAAUUCAGCUGGUGGUCAGCUUGCUGGCUGCCAGCAUUAUGCAGAGGAUGGCUCCACACUGGUCAUUUGCACGCUGGCUAAUCUGCAAUGGCAGUUUGUUCCGGUUCAAACACCCGUCAGAAGGAGAGCUGUGUGCAUUGGCUGGGAAGCAGAUGCCUAAACAGACCAGGAGAGACAGGAGACAGAAUGGGGAGAGCAAGCCUCUCACUGUGCCUAAAGACAUUGACCUUCACCUGGAGAAAACUCCAAUCAACGCUAUUGACGCUCUUGUGCUACGUUUUUUCCUGGAGUACCAGUGGCUGAUAGAUUUUGCAGUCUAUGCAACAGGUGUCUUCCUGUUCACUGAGUGUUACUACAGUGUUGUGGAUGCCAGCAAAGAGGUCAAUAUCGGAGCCAUCUGGUGUGUCUUGACUGUUCUCUUCAGUCUAAAGACCCUUCACACUCUGAUGAGCCACUACUUCCGCUCUGAAGAGGGCGGCGAGCGCUCGGUGUGCCUUGCCUUUGGCUUCCUGUCUCUGCUCGUGGCCAUGCUGGUGCUGGUGGUCAGAGAGGACUACCUGGAGUUCGGCCUGGAGUCGGGCUUUUCCAACCUCUUUGACAACUUGGAAGUCUUUGCCAAACAGCAGGGCUACGCUGACUGGUCAAUCCCAGUGACCAAGCUGACAGUGAAGCUCGUUCUGGCUGCUAUCUGUUCUUACAUUGGGGCUCUCCUGGCCUUCCCCGGCCUGCGAAUGGCUCAGACUCAUCUAGACGCUGUACAGAUGAACUCCGACCGACCGCUCAUCCAGAUUCUGCUGCAUAUGAGUUUCCUGUCUCCAGUCAUUGUGCUGGUUCUGUGGGUGAAACCCAUUGCACGGGACUUCCUGGCCAAUGCACCUAUGGGGAAGAACUCUGUCACACUAGUUUCCAGUGAAACAUUUGACAGCAUGCGCCUGUGGAUCAUCGUGGCGUUGUGUGUGCUGCGGCUAGCACUGACUCGUUACCACCUGCAGGCCUACCUCAAUCUGGCUCAGAAGUGGGUGGAGCAGAUGAAGAAGGAGGCGGGGCGUAUCGCUGCUAUUGACAUUCAGAGGAAGGUCACACGUAUCUUUUGCUACCUGACUGUAAUUACUCUGCAGUAUCUGGUUCCUGUUUUUCUCAUCCUGUUCUCCACGCUGGCACUCAAGGCACUAGGGGACUUUUCCUGGGUGGCCGGUGCGCAGCAGACCCCCGGGGUAACACCAGCACUGGUGAUGCCCACAGCAGCGCCCGUGUUGCCCGGGGGUCUCGACGAAGAUGACGAGGGCAUGGAGGAUAUGGAGGAGGACAUCCAGGCCACAGUGGCACACCUAACCGAGGCCUUCACAGCGCUGCGGUCCGUCCUCACUCCACUUUUCUUCCGAGGUUUCUUCGCCUUCCUGACGUGGUGGGUGGCUGCCUGCCAGGUCAUCAGCUCUCUGUUUGGAAUCUACUUCCACCAGUACCUGAUGCAGAACUAACACGGUUCUACUAUCCUUUGCAACAGCAUAACAACAGAUAAAGGGGACAUUUCAUUAAAAACGCGCAAAUGCAGACAGAAUGCACCUCGGUCAAGGUUUGUUGAGAGGAGACAGGUUAUGGACACGGUCUGUUGCAAUAUUGGCUUGUUGCCCUUAGGGCUUUUUGUGGCCAGGAGGCUACUGGUAUAAACAACACAAAUACAGAGAGAACUACUGGGGUCUGUUUUACAAAGCAAGUUCAACUUAGUCUGGCUCUCUUUGGGUUACCCGGCUUCACCGAGUCUUUACAUUGGCGGCCUUUGAUAACCAGUGCCACAAAGCUGGUUUUCACUCUGGGUUAACUGAUCCAGCUACGGGUGUGUUCACGUGAAAGAGGCACAGCUUUUGAUUGCAUGCAACAUCCAAAGAACCGUGAGAGGAUUACGUAAUAUGACACGGAACAACUCACAGGGAAAUUAGGUUAUUGUGCUAGUCAAAGGUGAUACUCAGUGUACAAGUAGAAUAAGAUUAAAAAAAA